AUGUUUUUUUUCUUAACCUCUAAACAACCCCCUUUUACUCACCUUUGGUUUUACUUUCUUUCUUUCUUCAUCCGUUCUCUCCCUCUCUCUCUUUCUCUUGCUCUCUCUCCUCACCCUCUCUCUAUCUUAUCAUCCUACUCCUAUUUCUGCCACGCUCCCUUCACUCCUACUUCCUAUUCUUUCAUUCUCUUUAAAUACAGUUCAGUCAUGUUUUCUGUCUCCUCCUCCCUUAGAAUUUAUCUUCUGUUUAUUUCCUUUGUUCUUUUUCUUUUGUCCUCUUCCCAUGAAAUUACUCUCUCUCUUCCUCUCUCUCUCCCCCCCUCUCUCUCUCUCUCUCCCUCUCUUACGCCUUUCCGAUUUUUUGCUCCUUUCUUCCUUUCUUUCUAUAUUCCCUAUUCGGGAAUUAUUUCUUCCUUUGUUAUCUUUUUCAAGCUUCUCUUUUUCUUUCUCUUUUUCUUUUUGUUAUUCUUUCUAUCGUUUUUUUCUUCCUUUUUUCUUCUUUACACAUUUCUUUCCUUCUAUCUGAGCUACUUCCUUUCCUUUUCAUUCAUUACUGUACUCUUCUUUUCUUAUUUCCUCUAUUUCUUUUCCCACAAUUCUCUUCGUAUCUUCGUUUGUUUAAUUUCCUUUUCUUCCCAUAUUCCAAUCCCCAUCAAUCGUUUUUCUCUCUCUCUCUCUCUCUCUCUCUUUCUCUCUUGUUCUCUUUUUCACUUCCUUCUUUUCUGCCUCUCUAAUUCUCGCUCGUUUUACUCAUCGAUCUCUCCUCCCUUUCCUCUGUUCCAUUAA